AUGCGGUUCAAGAGUGUAAUUUUGGGGGAUUUGGGUUUCAUAGGAUUGAAGUACACUUGGAGCAAUAAAAGGGAGAGGGGGAUGUUUGUGAAGGAACGUUUGGAUAAAGGAUUGGCUUCGCCAGAAUGGGGUGCUCUAUUCCCGAAUGUUGUGAUUGAGGUCGAGGCUUCCACUUGUUAUGACCAUCAUCCUCUGUGGAUUUGCUUGAACCAGUUAUUCCGUCCAGCCCAGAAGAUCUUUAGAUUUGAAGCCAGCUGGAAUGUCACAAAGGACUGUGAAGAAGUCAUUAAACAGGCGUGGCACAAAGAGGCUUUGGAUUCGAACCCUCUGGUGGCUGCUAGAAGGAAGCUUCUAUCUUGUCAGGAAGCUUUGACCCUCUGGAGUCGGAAUCGCAGGGGGAUGGAGCAACGUUCCUUAAAGGGGUUGCAAAAAAGGCUUGCUCUGCUACAACAAUUUGAGAACCCGGACAAUCUGGAGGCAAUAUCUCAGAUUAAAGGGGAGAUUAAUAAAUUGUUGGAAAUAGAGGAUAUUCGUUGGAGACAGAGGGCGAAGAGGAAUUGGUAUAAACAGGGGGAUCGGAACACUCAAUUCUUCCAUGCCUGGGCGAAUUAA